UAUAUGCGUGUGAGCGGGUACCCAUGCGGCGGGUUUACCUAAACUCAAACCCAACCCAACUCGGUGAAGAGUGUAGCGGGUUUAAACCCAAACUCAACCAAACCCGUCAACACGUAUUUUAUCAGCGUUAACCCGCUUGGAUCGGAUAAGGUACAUGUGAGUUCGGGUUUUGUACUUUUGUUGCCAUCCCUAUCUUCCUUCCCACAUCACACGCACAAAAAAAUUCCUAUCCCGUAACAAUGAUGAAAUAAUUUAAUUAUUUCAUCAUUCCACUAAUUAAUUCGUGUUCAUUUAUACGAGUAUUAAAGUAUCUAUUUCUAGUAUUUGAUUAAAUUAUUAAAUUCUCCUUUAUCUCUAUUGAAUUACAACCAAUUAUUCUAUUAUCUAUUAAUUGCUAUCUGUUUCUCUCCCCGGGCCAACCAUUAACUUCCCUGUUAUCAUAUUUAUUAAUUAAAAACUAACCUUCCUAUUAAUUGGCCCACCAUUAAUCAGUUUCCCUCCAAAACGGAGGGGAGGAUGGAACAGUAAAAGUUCCUUUUCAUUUUCCGUCCUUUGCCACUGUAGCUUGCUUGGAGAACAGCAGAAAACUUCUAGGGAAGUACAAUUCCUUCCCUUUCCUUCCUUUCCCUCCUAAAAGAACAGAGGGUUAGUGGUUUGGUUAUGGUUAGUAAAAUUACGAGUUCUGUUAUUAUCAGUUUGGAUGCUGAAUUAUUUAUGUAUCCAUAAAUAAGGAUGAUACAUAAUGGACUUAUUGUUAACCUUGUAUUGCUCGACACAUGUUCUCAAAUUAAACCACAUCCCUUGUAAACAUAUAGAUUAUACAAUGGUUAUCUCUGUCAUCAGGGGCGGACUUAGGGGGUUUUAGGUUCCGGGAUUGGAUUGCAAAGAGAGCAGGAAUGCUUUGAAGCUAUCCAACUCUCGGUGGUAAUUUAUAUAUGGACAAAAAAAAUAUAAUUGAUAGUGAGGGACACCCCUUCAAUUUGAAAAAUGAUUAUCCUACUGUCAUUUGUGUAUAGGAAUAUAAGUGGUAGGUUUGACAAUUCAAAUCUAGAAUACUAUUAUUAUUAAUAAACUUAAUUUCCGUUGAGCUAAACUCAUUUGUUGUUCGAUUUUGAACAAUGUGUAAUAGUAAAAUGGCAUUCCCUAUCUCUAAUUAUUUUAAAAACCUAACAAUUAAACUAAUUUCAAACUACCCUUAAUUUGUAUUGAUUUUAUGAUUGUACGGCAAGUGUUGAAAGAGUCUUUCAGCUUUGGGUUAUAUAGAACAAGUUUACAAAUCAAAUAUGCAAUAAGUUCGUGAAUGAUUGUCUAGUAGUGUAUAUAGAGACAAUUUUUUUAUCACUAUAAACACCAAGUGUAUUCUACAAUUAUUUUCGAAUAUGAAAACACAUCAUGGACUUUUUUAACCUGUACAAGUAAGGUAUUUUCAUAUUUACAAUUUUAUUUUUAUUAAUUAUUUUUAUUUAAUUUAUUUUUUAAAAGAUGACACACCUAUGAAAAAUUUGGGUUAAUACCUUAGUUUGGCCUGAACUAUGACUAUAUAAUCAACUUUGGCCCGUGGUUUCAGAAAUUAACAUGCUGGCCUCAACUAUGUAACAUAUAGACUCAAUUGGCCCGACACCUAGUUUGACCGUCAAUUUGGAUGGUCAACACGUCAUGUCAUUGUCUCGUCAGCCUAAAAAUUAUUAAAAAAUUCAAAUUCAAACUAUUUUUUAAUUUUUAUUAUUUAUAAUCAAAUUAAAAAAAUAAUCAAAUUAUUUUAUAUAUUUAACAUUACACAAAAAUAAAAUAUAUAAUUUAUAUAAUAUUUUUUAAAUUUAUUAAAUUUAAUUUGAUAUUUUUGGUUAAUUUAUAAAACUUUAUCAUUUUCAAAUAUCCCAAAAAAUAAAAUUUAAAUUUUAUUUAUAUUUUUUAAAUUUUAUUUUUUGGUUAAUUUGAAAAUGAUAAAAAAUAGAAAUUAGGAAAAUAAUUUGAAUGAUUUUUUUAAUAAUUUUUAGGCUGACAAGGCAAUGACAUGGCGUGUUAACUAAUGGUCAACGGUGUUGACCAUCCAAAUUGACGGUCAAACCAUGUGUCGGGCCAAUUGAGUUUAUAUACUGCAUAAUUGAGGUCAUGAUGAUAAUUUCUGAAACUACGAGCCAAAGUUGAUUAUAUGGUCAUAGUUCAGGCCAAAAUAAGAUAUUAACCAAAAAAAAUUCUGGGUCCGCCACUGUCAUUGAUUCAAUUAUUUGAUCUUGGCGCUUAUGUUGAUUGUUUCUACUGCAGAUAUAAUAAUAAUAAUAAGGUGAAAAGAUUGGAGGGAGAUGGCGAUAGGCAAUUAAUUAGUCAAAUAUGCAUAGAUAAAUCAGAUGAAGAACGAUUAAUUACUUGCAAGUUGAGGGAUUUUACCUAGGAGGACAAAAAGUAAAUACGUAAGAGAGUGGUGGAGUGAGCAAUGACGCUUUGGGUUUACGAUUCCGCCACGUGUACGGUGGAUGGAUAGCUCCGACCACCCCCCACUCUCCACUAUAAAUACAGGGCCGAGCUGAACGUUGAAAAACCAUCCCGCAAAACAGAGCAAUCAAACAAACACUCUUUGCUUUCUUCUUCUUCUCUAAACUCUCAAACCAACCCAAAUAAGAAUGUCUUGCUGCGGAGGAAAGUGCGGCUGCGGCUCAGCCUGCAAGUGCGGCAGUGGCUGCAACGGGUGCAGCAUGUACCCUGAUCUCGCCGAGACCUCCACCACUUCCACCCAGAUCCUCAUCGCCGGCGUUGCCCCGGUCAGCAUGGGAUUUGAGAGCUCGGAGAUGAGCUUCGGUGCUGAGAACGGCUGCAAGUGCGGAUCAAACUGCACCUGCGACAACUGCGGCUGCAAAUGAACAAAAAGCCACCACUAAUCCUCGCUCGGUCCCAUGGUUAUUUAAUAAACUAAGAAAGUUGUUGUUGGGGUCGGGUGUCUUAGCGCUUGGCCCUGCUGUAAAUAAAGAAGAGCCAUUGGCAGGGGUUUGCUUCCAAGAAAGGUAGAAGAAAGGAGUUUACUCUUUUUUUCUUCUUCCUUCUCUGUUCUUAAUCUGCUGCUGUGGCUGUGGCUGGUUGUUGUUUUAAGUUACUCUGUUUCAGUGUCGUCUGUAAGUCUGUCGUGCUUUGUUUGGGUGUUCGCCGAGCAGUGAUUUAUAAUACUAUUGUGUUAAAUUUUCCCAUUUGGAGAUUUCCUUCGUGCCUCUGUCUCUCCGAGUGGAUGAAUCUGAAUGAUAUUUAAGCGAUCAACUAAUUCAAGUCGCAAAGAGGCUUAGACCAAAUGAGAAAGAACGAAGCGGCUGCUCGACCUGCUUAAUCAUACACUUAACUCACCUUUUUCUACUGGGAAAUAAUUAGGCGUUUGUAACAUUUUACCCUUCUUUUUGGGUUAAUUAUACGGUUAUGACUGAGAUUACAAAAAACGUACAUAUUUGGUCACUGAAAAUAUUUAAAUUCACUCUUGGUCACUCAAAUAAAUUAAAUGAUUCAAGUUUGGUCACUCUCCGUCCACUCCGUUAAAUCUUGCUUAUGUGGCAAUCGACUUUUAUAAUUGACUGUUAAAUAUACGAUGUGGCAAUUAAAAAUAAUAAAAUUAAUUUAAUUUUUCUAUUUUCCACCUCAUUUCUAACCGAAGCGAAACAGGAGUUGCAAAGCUGACCGACCGUCACUCCCCUCCCCUUCCGCCGCCGACAACGACGACGCCGCCACCUCCAUGGACAUCCUCGAAAUCACCACCGACCAAAUCAACAGCCUGAGAGACCAAAUCCUGCGACAACGUUACCAGGCGAAAUACAGCAAUUAUCAGAUCCUAACCGCCCACAUCUGGCGCGCCGUCAUCAGAGCCCGUGACCUUGCCGCCGCCCACAUCGGCUCAACCCGAUGCUCCCCGCCUGUUACCUCGGGAACUGCGUCUUCCAGGCCGCCCACAUCGACAAUUCUGCACUUUUGGUUUUGAUAGUUUGUUGACAAUAUGUCUGCGAAACCGGUAACGACGGAGAAGAAAGUUCAACUAUUGCGCGAUGUUGCAUCAGGGUUCUCUAUCAAAUGGGACUCCACAGGUUUUGAAUAGAGGAUAUCUAGACCUUCUCCUGUCAAGGUUUAGCUCUCUAAAUAGUUUCUAUGCUGACCUCUCUAUCUGGCAGUGAAAACAUUUUAGAAAUUGUUAAACUCGAUUCUGCUUAUCAAUCCACCUCCCUGUCAAUAUGUUUUGCAGGCCCAACCUAGAACUUACGGUCCUUCACUUGCUGGCAACGGUAAGUUGGAAUUAACCAAUGGCAAAGACAACAUCAGCCAAGGGGUUAAACGUGAUAUCCCAACCAAAGCAAGGCAAGAACAAAAUCUGAAGAUUAUUAGCUGGAUUCGACUUUCGUUUGAGUGCGCCGAUUUCGGGUGGGGCAGGCCGAUAUUCAAUCGGGCGACAAAUCUGUUUGAGGGGAAGGGGAAUAUCUUGCCCAAGUACAGCGUCAACAGAAAUAUGUCGCUGGCGCUCUGCUUGGAUACUUACGCCAUGGAGAAUUUCAGGAAGACGUUCUACGAAGUGGAUGGCUGAAGAAGAAGAAGAAGAAGAGAACAGGGGAAUCUGAUUCUGGGUUGUGGUUAAUUUGCUUGAUUCGCGUGUCUUCUAAUAACAUCUCUCGAUUGAUUCAGCAAUCAACAUUACCAUCCCAUGUUUCGGUUAGAAAUGAGGUGGAAAAUAUAUAAAUUAAAUUAAAUUUAUUUUAUUAUUUUUUAAUUUCCACAUCAUACAUUUAACGGUCAAGUAUAAAAGUUGACUGCCACAUAAGCAAAAGUUAACGGAGUUGGACGGAAAGUGACCAAACUUGAACCAUUUAACUAAUUUGAGUGACCAAGAUUAGAUUUAAAUAUUUAUAGUGACCAAACAUAAACCUUUUUUUAAUCU